AUGUCGGAGGUGAGAAGUGGAAAGCUAACAAAGAGCAACAAGCUCAUAAAAUGGAAUCCCUACAUUGAUAACAGAGGACUUCUUAGAGUUGGCGGUAGGCUGAGCUAUUCGCAACUGCCAGAAAGAGCUGCACAUCCAGCCAUAUUACCGAAAAAUGUUCAUGUAUCGACUCUUCUCAUUAGACACUACCACCAAAAAUGCAACCACCAAGGAAGACACAUCUCUCUAGGAACCUUAAGGAAUGAAGGUUAUUGGAUACUGGGUGGCCAACGGCAAGUAUCGAAAGUCAUAAAAGACUGUGUGGUGUGCAAAAGGCUUCGAGGCAAGGUACAAGAACAGAUUAUGGCAGACUUACCUGAAGAAAGGUUGACUGAAGCACCACCAUUCACCUUUGUGGGAGCAGAUGUGUUUGGACCGUGGUUGAUACGUAGUUCCAAAACUCGAAGCACAGUUCAAGCUAAGAGGUGGGCUGUCCUGUUUACUUGCAUGGUUACGAGAGGUAUUCACAUGGAAAUAUUGGAGUCUAUGGACAGCUCCUGUUUUAUUAAUGCCCUUAGAAGGUUUUUUGCGAUCAGAGGCCCAGCCAAGCAGAUUCGUUCGGACUGUGGCACAAAUUUUGUAGGAGCAUGCAACGAGCUUGGACACCAACUUGUUGACAAAGAUGGUGUGAAACGAUACCUGUUAGGACGUGGAU